AUGUUCAAAAAGUUCGGAAAGGACGAGAUCCAUUCCCGUUCCAAUAUAAAAUCUUCAGUGCAAAGAGGAUUGAAAUCCAACUUUGUCUCCCAGUUUGAAAAAUUAGAGCCUGUCAUUGAUGCCAUCAUUCCCAAAAAAUCUCAAGCAAUCUUGAUCAAAUGUGAAGGAAAACUCUCGUUGUACAGUGUUGACGGUGAGGUUGUAUUAUUCCAACACUUUGAUGAUUUGAUUCCUGACUUGCAUAUCGUUCACAAGUACCCUGAUUGCUUCCCUAAGAUUCAAGUUGACAGAGGAGCGAUUAAGUUCGUUUUAUCUGGCGCCAAUGUUAUGUGUCCUGGUUUGACAUCUGCUGGAGCCAAGUUACCUGACGAAAACUUGGAAAAGGAUACCAUUGUUACUAUCUACGCCGAAGGAAAGGAACAUGCAUUGGCAGUUGGAAAGUUAACUAUGAGCACCGACGACAUCAAGUCGAUCAACAAAGGUGUUGGUAUUGAAUUGUUUCACUACUUAGGGGAUGGGUUGUGGCAUCUUGAUGAAAGUAACUAA